CAGUGACGAAAGCUGAUCUUUUCUCAAGAGCAGGCGGGUUGUUCCCUCCACGAUGACUACAGCUGCAAGACCAACAUUUGAACCGGCCAGGGGAGGCCGAGGAAAAGGGGAAGGUGAUUUAAGUGCACUGUCAAAGCAGUACUCGAGUCGAGAUCUCCCAGGUCACACAAAGAUCAAGUACAGGCAACCUACCCAGGAUGCUCCAGAGGAAGUGCGCACCCGUGACUUUCGCAGGGAGCUGGAGGAGAGGGAACGUGUCGCUGUGCGUGAGAAGGUCAGAGAAAGGGGACCAAGAGAGCACACCACAUCCUCCUCUUCCUCUUCUUCAUCAUCAAAGAGACCCAGACUGGAUCAAAUUCCUGCAGCUAAUCUUGAUGCAGAUGAUCCUCUUACUGAGGAAGAUGAGGAUGACUCAGGGGAGGAUAGCGAUGACGACGACACCGCAGCGCUUCUGGCAGAGUUAGAGAAGAUUAAAAAGGAACGGGCUGAAGAGCAAGAACGCAGGGAUCGGGAACAAAAGGCAGAGGAGGAGCGGAUCCGAAUGGAGAACAUAUUGAGCGGCAAUCCAUUGAUUAAUUUGGCAGGACAACAGCAGCAGCAGCAGCAACAACAACAGCAGCAACAACAACAGCAACAAAUGGCUCAGAAUCAGAACACGUUCAAAGUCAAGAGAAGGUGGGACGAUGAUGUGGUGUUCAAGAACUGCGCAAAAGGGUUGGACAAAGCACGCAAGGAGAAACGCUUCAUCAAUGAUACUCUGCGCUCAGAGUUUCACAAGAAAUUUAUGGAAAAAUAUGUGAAGUAAUAAAGUAAUGUGUUCGUUAGUUUUUUUGUUUUUUUUUAAGUUGCCCUUUCAGGGAAGAUUUUGUUUUUCUUGUCUCGAAACCCAUUGUGUUUUUUGUUUAAACUUCACAGUUGUACAUAGAUGGGAUUGGCAAACAUUUAAUAAAAGACGUGAAACAUAAAUUAAGCU